AUGGGGUGGUUGCACAUCCUGCUCGCGCUGCUGCUGCUCAUCGCGCUCACCUUCCCGCAUCCCCUCGCCAUCGCGCUGCUGCUGCUGCUCGCCACGCUCGCCGUCACGCCCGUCGACGUCGAGGGACCCCUCGCCCAGGCCUACCGCAGGUGGAUAUACCCGGUAGUGCUGCGCCACUUCCCUGUGCGCAUGCUCUUCCACGACCGCUCCACCGUCAGCUUCGGCAAGCCCUACGUGAUAGCAGUGGAGCCGCACUCGGUGCUGCCGGUGGGGCUGGGCGCCUUCAUGUGUCACCCGCUGGCAGCGGGGGGAGUGGCGGGCGCCACGAGCGCCAUCUUCCGCGUGCCGCUGCUGCGCCAGUGCUGGCAGUGGGCGCGCCUCGCCCCCGCCACGCGGCCCCUGCUCUCCGCCGUGCUGCAGCGCGGCCGCCCCGUGAUCCUCGUGCCGGGCGGCGUGCAGGAGUGCCUCUUCAUGGCGCCCGGCAAGGAGGUGGUGUUUAUCCGCCAGCGCUUGGGCUUCAUCCGCCUGGCACUGCACCACGGCGUGCCCGUGCUGCCCUGCUUCGCCUUCGGCCAGACCAGUGCAUACCGCUGGUGGAGGCCAGAGGGGGAGUGGUACCGGUGGGUGGCGCGGAGAAUAGGGUUCGCGCCCAUCCUCUUCUGGGGCAUGUGGGGGUCGCCCAUCCCCUUCCGCACGCCCCUCACCAUCGUCAUUGGAACGCCCAUCGGCCAGGGUGACCCCGACCCCAACCCCUCAAAAGAAAGGGUACGUUUGAAACGCGUCUCAGGCACGGUGCUGAAGUGA